GUUUGUUUUUCAGACCGCGGGGCCAACCACAGAACCAUGGAGCCUACCUAUACUGUGAUGUCACUGGAUAACUCUACAUCAACUGUGAUGCCCAUGGCGACCUCCACCGGCAACACCACUGUGAGCAUAGAGCCGUACAUGCACCGCCUGGCCCAUCUAGACGAGGGUCUCUACAACGACUUCUACGGCCUGUGGAUCUGCCUGGUGGUGGUCAACACACUCAUCUUCAUGGUGGGAAUGGUUCUCAACACCCUGGCCCUGUACGUGUUCUGCUUCCGCACCAAGCCCAAGACCACCUCAGUCAUCUACACCAUCAAUCUGGCUGUCACAGACCUACUGGUGAACCUCUCCCUGCCCACACGUAUUAUCCUCUACUACAGUGGGGGAAAGUGCCUCAACUGCUCCUACGUACAUAUAUUCAGCUACUUUGUCAACAUGUACUGCAGCAUCCUCUUCCUCACCAGUAUAUGCGUGGACAGAUACCUGGCCAUAGUACAGGUUGAGGCCUCUAGGAAGUGGAGGAACCCUAACGUGGCCAAGGGGGUGUGCACUUUCAUCUGGCUCUUCGCUAUCGUGGUCACCUACUCCUUCCUCACCACGGCGUUCCGACAUGCGGGCUGCUGCGUCUCCAAGCUCUUCGCCCUGACCAUCUUCGAGUUCUUCCUCCCCUUGGUCGUCAUCGUGGUGUUCACCGUGCGCAUCAUGUGUGCCCUGUCCAACUCCAGUCUGAUGCAGCAGAGCAGAGAGCGGCGCGUGCGGGCCGUGCAGCUCCUCACUACUGUCCUGGUCAUCUUCACCAUCUGCUUCACCCCGUUCCACGUCAGGCAGGUAAUGGUGUACUUCUACCCCGACAUGCCCCACCAUGUCAUUGUCUACCACGUCACCGUCACCCUGAGCAGCCUGAACAGCUGCAUGGACCCCAUCGUCUACUGCUUCGUCACCAACAACUUCCAGUCCACCAUGAGGAGUUUCUUCCGCAAGGCGGAGCUGGAGCAGACCAGCGGGAACAUCAUCAGCAUGCAGAAUAGCUCCAAGGGCUCGGGGACUGUCACGGCUAUCGCUCACAGUGUGAUGAUGAACGUCCUGUCCUCCUCCUCUCCCCAGCAAGGGAACCACAUAGCGUGAGACUGAGAAAGGGACAGGAAGACUGAGAGAGGAAUGGGAUGUACAUUGUUCAGAGAGAGAUGGAUUUAUAUUGCCUAACUGUGAGACUCUGGAGUGCAAUGGACAUACUACAGUAGGCUAUUCUCCCAUUUGAGAAAAUGCUUUCCUGCAUACUGUAUAUUGUAGCCUAUUGCUGGCUUGGAGAUUUAAGUACUUGAAGACAUUUUCAGAUGAGAAACUUUAUUCUUCCUGUGUUGGCCUACACCAGUCACGAUGGAGGGCAUACGACCUAUAACCUGUUUAUUGCAACUGUUAUACCAGUUGCUCCUGUAUUAUUUAUUUAUACUGUACAAUUAUCAUUUGAGGAGUAUUUGUUUACUUUUAUCCUAGAUAUUAUGGACCACUGACAAAAUAGACGAGUAAUAUUCUACUGCAUUGCAUUGGAAACAAAUAUAAAUAUAUAAUAAACAGCUUCUGUAGAUUCAUGUGUGACAUUGUUGUCACAAGACAUAUAUCUCUUCAGCUUUCUCCGAAACUGGUUUUAUGCAAAGCUUAUAUUACUGG